AUGCAUUUCCGCGACUUUGCGCCUUCGAAGGCGCUUAUCACGUCGUUGUUGGCUAUACCUCACCUAGCUUCUGCCUUUUACCUACCUGGCGUUGCCCCAACUACCUACAAAGAGGGAGAUAAGGUUCCUCUUUACGUCAACAGUAUCAAGCCCGUCGACCGUUCCCAGGAUCCGCGACUACACGCAGUUGUCUCAUAUGACUACUACCACCCUGCGUUCCAAUUCUGCCAACCCGAAGGUGGCCCUCAAUAUGUUUCGGAAAGUCUGGGAAGUAUUCUCUUCGGAGAUCGUAUCAUGACUUCUCCUUUCGAGCUUAUCAUGGGCAAGAACGAGACUUGCAAACCCCUCUGCGAAGUCAAAUAUCCGGAGAAAUCGAUCAAUUUCGUCAAGAGCCGCAUCGAACAGGGCUACAGUCUGGAAUGGCUGGUGGAUGGUUUGCCAGCUGGCCAGGAAGUGCUUGACCAACUGACUGGUACCACCUUCUACAACCCCCGUUUCUUGUUAGGCCAGGACGACAAGGACGACAACAUCCUGUUGAACAACCACUACGAAAUUCUGGUCGAGUACCAUGAGGUUAACAAGGAUCCCAACCAGCGCCGUGUGGUUGGUGUAGUUGUGCAGCCCAGCUCUAAGGAGUAUGGCGGCAAAGCAGACUGCGCCAACCAUCCGCCCAUCGUACUGUCUGGAAAGGAACAGCAUGUUGCCUACAGCUACAGUGUAUUCUGGCGCAAGUCGGAAACUGCCUGGGCUACUCGAUGGGAUAAGUACCUGCAUGUUUUUGAUCCUAAGAUCCACUGGUUCUGGCUCAUCGACACUGCUAUCAUUGUCGUUAUUCUCGUUCUUACUGUGAUGUCCAUUCUCGUUCGCGCUCUCAAGAAGGAUAUUGCUCGUUACAACAGACUCGACCAGAUUGAUCUCGAUGACUUUGGUGGUACUUCGGUCGUUGAGGAUGGUGUGCAGGAGGACUCUGGUUGGAAGUUGGUUCACGGCGACGUCUUCCGAACCCCUUCACGACCUCUCUUGCUCUCAGUCCUGGCAGGCAAUGGUGUUCAACUGUUCUGCAUGACGGGCUGUACCAUUCUCUUUGCCCUUCUUGGCUUCUUGUCUCCUUCCAACCGUGGAUCCCUUGGAACAAUCAUGAUUCUCAUGUAUACUGUUCUUGGCUUCGUUGGUGGCUAUGUUUCCGCCCGGACUUACAAGGCCUGGCAAGGCGAGAACUGGAAGGUCAACAUUGUUUUGACCCCUGUUUUGGUUCCUGGCAUUGUUUUCUCCGGCUUUUUCCUUCUGAACCUCUUCCUUUGGGCUAAGCAGUCAUCGGGCGCGGUUCCUUUCACAACCAUGCUUGUGAUUGUGGCUAUCUGGUUCAUCAUCUCGAUUCCUCUAUCCUUCGGUGGUUCUUGGCUUGGAUUCCGCUCUCCUCAGUUCCAGCCUCCUGUUCGUACCAACCAGAUUCCUCGACAGAUUCCUCCUGUGAGCACCUACCUCAAGCCUAUCCCCAGUGUGCUUAUUGUCGGUCUGCUUCCCUUCGGUGCAAUCUUUGUCGAGCUCUUCUUCAUCAUGAACUCGAUCUGGUUCAGCAGGAUCUACUACAUGUUUGGCUUCCUCUUCCUCUGCUACGGUCUUAUGAUCGUUGUCUGUGCUGCCGUUACCAUUCUUAUGGUGUACUUCCUGCUCUGCUCUGAGAACUACAACUGGCAGUGGAGGUCUUUCCUUGCUGCUGGUAUGAGCGGUGGCUAUAUCUUUUUGAACUGUCUUUUAUACCUCGUUACUAAGGUCAGGGCAAGCGGCUUGGCAGGUAUCGUGCUAUACAUGGGUUACAGUGCCAUUAUCUCGUUCCUCUUCUUCAUUCUUACUGGCUCAAUCGGCUACUUCGCCAGUUGGUGGUUCGUUCGCAAGAUCUACUCGUCUAUCAAGAUUGAUUAG